CGCUCUCAGUUUCUCCGAAUCGCCGAGGCAAACGCGUCCGAGACGCGUUUUCCUAUUCGAGUUACAGUGCGCUUCAAGUGGUCCAUAUUCAAGAAUCCAUCCCACCAUGGAGCAGGAGUUGACCUCCGUGGGCCAUGAUGUCCAGGUCAUUGACCCGGAUGUCCGCAUCCAUGUCUACAGUCUGGUCACCGCGCUGGGUGGUUUCAAUGGCGAAGAUGCGGACCGCUACAUGCUCGGAGACGAUGCGCUGUCCUGUCUGCGUGAUAUCAGAAGAUGGCUGAAGCUCUACGACCAAAGGAACAAUCGAAUGGACGUGGUGCGAUGUCUCGGAGAAGCGAAUUUGGUUAUUGGCGAUCUACUACCCAUUCUCUCGAUCUGGUGGGCCAAUGGACAAAACAGCAAGCAUCUGACGCGAGUUGCUUUGGCAUGUCUGGAAUUGCUGGUACCCUUGACCUGGCCCGCCGAGUACCACAGCCAAAUGACCGCCAAUCACCACCGUCAUACCCCAUACCUCCAACAAAUCCAAGUGCAGUACAAGCGCAGCAUACUCAAGUAUGGUGGAUCCAACCUCUUGCGCGCCGUCAUCCGUAUCGCCCUCCCGAGCAUGGCCAUUCCCCGAUCCGAGCGCGAGUCCCGAGACGAAGGUAUCCUCAAGUUGAUGCUCUACCUUUUGCGAAACAUCGCCAUCAUUACCACCAAUGAUCGACUUGCGGCCGAAGGUGACGAGGAGGAGACAUCCCGAUCGGCUACGAUCAAUGCAUUCCAGGAUCAAGAUGCGUUUGCGCUGAUUCUGACCAUGUGUUCGAAUGUCGCGGAGGACUUUAACCAACAAGACGUGGUUUUGCUGGAGAUACUCUUCCAUCUUGUCAAGGGUGUCAAUGUCGACAAGCUAUUUUUGAACGACGAGGAACGAAAGGCAAAGCGAUCUGACGAGCUUGGUGAUCUUCUCCGCAAAGAGAACCAGGUUAAGCGAGAAUACGCCAGGAAUGCGCCCACCCGGCAUGGCAGAUUUGGAACGAUGAUCUGGGUCAAACGAGACGAGCACAAGGUGACUACGGUAUCCGGACAAAAUAUUCUACGAGACGACCAAGCUAGUCUACAAAAGAUGGAUGGGAGCAAGAAGUGGAAGAAGCCUCGACCCCGCCGCAAGAAGGAGGAUACUGUCCAGUACAACGAUUUCAACAUUCCCGUCCAUCUCUCCUUAUUAGCGACGAAGAAUUUCAGGAUAUUUGUGGAAGAGUUCCUGGACUCCGGUUUCAACCCUCUCUUCACCCAUGUGCGAAAGGCGAUCGAACGGGAGGCGGACCGGGUGACGGGGAUCAAUGCUCGACAGUUCUUCUACACAGUCGGUUGGUUCCUAGAGGCAGAGCGUGCCCGACGUGCCCGACAAGUUAUCCAGAAUGCCGAACAAGGGAAGAAGGCUGUCGAGCCGGACAGCUUUGGAUUGGUUGCCGGCGUGUUGAACCAGGAAACAUUCAUCUCCUUGAACAGGGGAAUGCAAAUGAGCCUGGAUAAUAAGGAGUGGGACGACUUGACCGCACAGAUGCGAUGCUUCACGCAGAUCCUGUUGACCGUUCAGGAAAUGGCCUUCUCCCCGAUCGAGGAGGAUCAAGAAAUCGCCGAUAACAUCCAGAACCGAAUCUUCUAUGAAGAGACUACGCACGACCGAAUCCUUUCCAUCGUGCGAGGGUACAAGGAUCAAGGAUUCGGUUAUUUGGAUGCUGCAACUGAGCUUGCGCAUGUCUUCUUGCGCAUGCUGGAACGUUAUUCCAAGAUCAACGUUGACAUGCAAAUUCGAUCUAAGCGGCGAGCUCGGAAACGCAAGAAGGACGCCGUUCAAACCGAAGCCCAAGAUGGAGCCGAGAACGAGGAAGACGUGAACUCUGAAGACGAGGACUUGGUCGAUUCUGCACAGGUGACCAGAGAGCGUGCUUUUGACUUCAAGCGCUUCGCCGCCAAGUUCUGCAACCAAAGCUGUGUGAACACAUUUGUCGCUUUCACUGAAUUCUACCGCGAGUUGAAUUCGGAGCAACUGAAGCGAGCCCACCGCUACUUCUACCGGAUCGCAUUCAAACAGGAGAUGACCACACUCCUCUUCCGGUUGGAUAUCAUCCACCUCUUCCACAAAAUGAUCAAGGGUCCCGGGGCGAUGGACUCGAGCGAACCUGUUUUUAAAGAAUGGGAGGAAUUUGUGCGGCAAAUCCUUCGUCGAUUGACGAAGAGGAUCGAUCAACGACCAGCUUUGAUCACGGAGUUGCUGUUCAGCAAGAUGAACUCGACAGUCUACUAUCUUGAGUUUGGACAGGAAAGACAGACUAUGUCUACUGCAAAACGACCUCCGGCAGAGCUCCAAUUCAUUUCCAAGGAGGUUCUCACAAAAGAGGCCAAGCAGGGAGUGGUGGUGGGUGCCCUUGUCCUUGACGGACAGGCGGAUCUUGUGAAGUGGCUUGUAGAUGUGUUGAAAUCGGCUGCUUCCGAACGCGAGGACUGGGAGGCUGAGAAUGAAGCUCGUCGCGCGGAGAACCCUGACGCUACUAACACACCUAACCCGUUGAUUCAUGCCAAACCCGCUGAUGAUUUCGUUCAAAGUUCUAUGUUCUCCAACGCCAAGCUCCGUCUUCUCAUGGAGUCUGUCGGACUGGAGAGACUUGGUCAGGAGGACGUGCGUGGUGCUCAAUGGGUAAUUCCCGCGACCAUGUCGUCAACUGACCUGAAUGAAGCCAUAUCCACCAUCAACAAGGCUGUUAUCAACCCCAUGCCCGAGGGUAGCACCGAAGAUCCUCGCCAACUGCUCCGCCGCAAGGAGACAGUCAGUGCGCGGGAAAGCCUAGCACAGGGCACGCUCGAUGUGAACUUUGGUUCCGAUUCCGAAGGCGAAGAUAUUCCAGAGGGGCCUUUGUUCCCGCCAAACCCACGGUCCAAGUCUAAUGCACUAGACGAGCUCAAGAAAAAGCGCAAGAAGAAGGCGCGUAAUACCGAUGACGCCGAGAAAGAGCCCCUGGACGAUGCAAUCCUAGAGGAGCGUCGCCAGGCCCGUCUUGCAAAUUCGUUGGCUCGCCAAAGGAAGAUUAAAAGUGAUCUGUUCAUUCAUGCUAGUGAUGACGAGACCGACGAGGAGGCGGACCAGGAAUUCUUCCGCCUCGAAGAAGAACGGCGCAAAGAGCAAGCGCGUAAUGUCGAGAAGGCCAUUCUCUUUGGUGACACCGAGCAAGCGCAGUCAGAGAGCAAGGGUAAGGGAAAAAAAUCAAGUGUUCGCAAGCGCAAGAGCGACACAACAGCCACCGAGUCGAAACGACGCCGUCGUGGAUCAGGCUCUGCGGGGAGCGGCAGUGGUGAUGACGAUGAUGACGAUGAUAUCCUCAUGGCCGAUCCAGACGAUUUAUCGCCUCUCUCUCAGCAGGAAGUGUCUACUAGCCAUGGAGCUCAAGAUGAUACGCCCCUUACAUCCAGUGAAGAUGAGAUGGACUUUGACGAUGAUCUCGUCUUUAACCGGGAUCGACGAUCUAAGCCUAAGCCUGCGGACUCUGAUCAACCUGUCGACAGUGACGAAGAAGAGACGCUCGUGGCGCCUUCUAGUCGCCGAAUGCGAGGCGGGUUUGUGAUCGAGAGCGAUUCGGAGUAA